GGACACAUAACCAAGAAUGAAGGGUCAAGAUACGUUAGGCAAAUCAACACGCAAACGUUUUUAGAUGAAAAGUAAACUAAAAGUCUGAAACUGAAGUCAAUGCCUCUCUUUAGACUAACAAACAAAACAAUUCAUCAACUAGCAAACACACGAAGUCUCCCAUGGUAGAAAUUCCAACACUAUUGUCCAAUGUACGAUAAUGUCAAGGUAGACAAAAAAGAAACAAAGAUUUAGUUUUUUCCAGAGAGAAAAAGAAAACACUGAAAGCCAAAACAAAAAAAACCUGAUUUUGGAUAAUAACCUUAAUUUCUCCGAGAUCCAUUUCACCUUCAAUAAAUUGACUCACACCAAAACCAAAAUGGGUUGUCCUCAAAAGUCAUGAUUUUUUUUAUCUGGGUCAACUUUGUUCAAUGAAUCAUACUCAAUAAUGGUUAAAAUUGUGUAUUUUUCUAUGGUUUUGUGGAGUUUAUUCAUCUGGGUCAUGCUAAUUUCCAUUGAUUGAUGAGAUAAUUUGGUUUUCAGUUUUAUUUAGAAUCUGGGUUUUUUUUAUUGCAUAAAGGUUGAGUUUUUUGAAGAGGGUUAAAGAAAAGUGAAUUUUUUUAUGAGCUAUGGAGGAGCAUGUAGCAGCUUUGCAUACUGCUACUAACGCUUUGCAAGCAUUAGGAAGGGGUUUUGAUGUUAAUUUUGAUACUAGGUUACUUUAUUGUAAAGGGGUUUCAGGUUCUAGGGUAGUUGAGAUUGAUGAACAGUAUCAAAGGGAUUUGUUUUUGUAUGAUGAUGUUGUUGUAACUAAUGUUUCAAGGGAUAUUAGAAGCUGUCAUGAAUCUAUGGGGCGUCAGAGUUCUGGAGUUUGCAGUUUUCAAGAGAUGGUUGAUUAUUUUAAUCAUAAGGCAAAUAUAUCAGGGAGAUUUCCUCUUGGGAGCUUCAACUCGGCAUUUAGCUUUACUGGCUCAAAAGAUGUUGAUGCUGCAGCUACAAAAACCUUGUCUUCAGAUGGGUUUUACAUUCCCCUUGCAAAGGUUCGGCUUCAAAAAUCGAACUUAAUGUUGGGAGAAAAUGUCAAAAGGGCUAUCCCGGUCAAUUGGGAUCCACCAUCUUUGGCGAGCUUCAUUGAAAAUUUUGGGACGCAUGUCAUUACAUCGAUAACUAUCGGUGGUAAAGAUGUUAUUUACGUCAAGCAACACAAUACUUCACCUUUGUCAAAGUUGGAGAUAAAAAACUACAUUCAAGAUAUUGGAAAUCAGAGGUUUUCUGACAUCAAUAGCCACACAAGUUCAGGUCAAACAAAAUCCAAGGAUAAGGGUGUUGAACCAUUUUCAUUCAAUAGUCAAGGGAUUUACCCUCAACCAACAACAGCAACAUAUCCUACCGGGAAAGAAGAUGUCACAGUAAUUUUUAGAAGAAGAGGAGGGGAUGAUUUGGAACAAAACCACAGUGUAUGGUUACAAACUGUCAAGUCUUCUCCAGAUAUCAUAGAGAUGACUUUCAGUCCUAUAACAGAUCUCCUUGACGAAAUACCUGCUAAGGAGCAUUUGACGCGUGCCAUUGGUCUUUAUCUUGAAUAUAAACCUCCAAUUGAAGAACUUAGAUACUUCCUAGAGUUUCAGAUUCCUCGUGUUUGGGCUCCUUUACACGACAGGAUUGCCGGUCAACAAAGGAAAGAACCUGUUUGUCCAUCUUUGCAAUUCAGCAUAAUGGGCCAAAAACUUUAUGUCAGUCAAGAACAGAUUACAGUUGGACGUAGACCAGUAACUGGCAUCCGUCUUUGUCUCGAAGGAAGCAAGCAGAAUCGGCUGAGUGUUCAUCUUCAACACUUGGUAUCUCUUCCAAAGAUCCUUCAGCCAUAUUGGGACAGCCAUGUAGCUAUUGGUGCUCCCAAGUGGCAGGGACCCGAGGAACAAGAUAGCCGGUGGUUUGAGCCGGUUAAGUGGAAGAAUUUUUCUCAUGUCAGCACUGCGCCCAUUGAGAAUCCCGAAACCUUCAUAGGAGACUUCUCUGGUGUCUACAUAGUCACUGGAGCACAGCUUGGAGUAUGGGAUUUCGGAUCACGGAAUGUACUUUACAUGAAGCUCUUGUAUUCAAGGUUACCCGGUUGCACGAUCCGAAGAUCACUUUGGGAUCACAUACCAAACAAAUCACCAAAAUCUACUACGGCUGGCAACACAUCGAACGCAGACAACACAACGAACCUCAGUUUGAAAGAAAACAACACCACAACAAACAAGUUAGUGAAGUAUGUUGACUUGUCGGAAAUGAGCAAAGGACCUGAAGAUCCUCCUGGUCAUUGGUUAGUUACCGGCGGAAAACUUGGCGUUGAAAAAGGGAAAAUCAUUUUGAGAUUGAAAUAUUCGUUGCUUAAUUACUGAGUUCACCGACAUGUUAUCAAAUGCUGAAUUGUGUUAUAUAGUAUAAGCAAUGUUUUAGGUGAGUAUAGUUUAGUUUUCCCUUGUGGUUAAUGUGAAAACCAUUUUGCAGUGUGAUGAACCGAGUUGUAUAGGAAACUUAUACUGUUUAGUUGGGAGUUCUUCUUUUCGCGCCCCCGAGCUUCUCAUGCGUAGCCUGAGUUGCCAAUUUUAUCCCCCUCGUGUAAGUUAGGUAGUGAGUAUUGAAGGGUGCAAAAUCUGAAAAAAUUAAAAAACACAGUUUGCUAUUUAAGUAGCGAACUGAGUUCGCCCUUUAACUAGCGAAUCUUAUAAAAAUAUUUCCAUAGGGGGUAUGAAGGGUGAGGACAAAAAUAUUAGAUUUUAUAAGGUUUGCUACUUUAGCAGCAAACUGUAUUUUUCCAGAAUUUGUGUCCCGAGUUCGCUACUCAAGUAGCGAGCCAUGUUUUUUCAGAUUUUCGCCCCCUUUAGCACACACUACUUAAGUAGUGAGGGGGGUAUUUUUGGAAUUUUUGUGGGCGCGAUAAAAGUCAGGGAGCACAAAAAGUUCUCUUGGUUGUUAUUACUUGAUCCAUAUUUGUGGUAGCAAAUGCUGUUUCCAUUGCUGCCGCUCAUAUAGUGAUGUUGAUAUCUCAUAGGUGUUACUUAGAACCAUUUUACAACUAUGCCAAGUAAAAGUAAUGUUUAUAUUCUUAUAGUAUUGAGUAUUAUUGACAAUAAAAAAUGACAAUGUUCUUUA